AUGACUUCCCGUGUCACAGUUCAACAGGUUAUGGGCCGCACUUCGGCUUAUAUUAAUCUUACUUCCUCUGAAAAACUCACUCCUCUCAACUAUCAUGUCUGGGCUACUAAGAUCCUUUUGGGUCUUCGUGCAAUGAAUAAUGGUGUCCAUCUUUAUGUCGAAGCUGGUACUGUCAAUCCAGCUGCUAAUGAAUCCCUCGAAGACCUCACCGCCUCGCUUGACACCGUCGUCCAUGAUGUUAUCCUCAACAAUAUUUCUCCUGAGUUGAUCGAACAUGUUAAUGAUGUGGCCAUUAGAGGCCGUGACCUCUGGCUUUAUCUUCAUCAGGAGUAUAGUCAACUUCAACCCGCCGAUGUCAUCUCACUUAUGAAAUCCCUCUAUGCUGGCAAUAUUGAUGUUGGUCCAAAGUUUGUUUCUUCUGUUCGUUCUUAUGUUGCUACAUGGCGUUCCAUCUACCAAUCAUUGUCGCCUGAUUCGGUUGUGGCCUUCAACGCUUUGGCCUCAAUGGGUCCCAAUUGUGAGCGCUUCAUCCAGUACGCCUUGGAGCACCGCUUUGAUAGUAACAAUGCUGACAACCUUGAUAUCAACAACUUCAUCCGGAACACUGAUAAAUGGGCCAAGUUGUUGAAGAUUACUGGACCCCCUGCUACUCUUUCGACUGAAGCGUUCGUUGCUUCAUCAAAGAAGUACAAUAACAAAUCGAAGGGUGAUGGUAUUAAAUGUUUCCGUUGUAAGAGGCGUGGUCAUACUUCCAACAAUUGUCAUGUCUCUUGGGAAGAGGUUCAGGCUGCUCGCCAAGAUAAUAAGGAUGACAAGGAAUCUAAGGAGGCUAAAACCUCAAGAGGUUGGUUUGCUGAGACUAUUGAUGAAUUUUCUGAGAUAGUUGAUGAUGAUCCAUUUGUGAGUUCCGCUUUUGUGUCCGAGACAUCUGUUGUUUCUGAAAAGUUUGGUAACAGUUGCUCCGAGUCGUUUGAUGAUUUGGAAUCCGAACUUUUUGAUUCUUCUGAGCCGUGUGUCGGCGAUGAAGAUUGUUUUGUUGGUCAAGUUUCUGAGUAUUGUUCAAACUCAGAACUUGAUAUUGAUUCAGUUGGUAAACCGUUUGUUGGUUCCACUGAUGAUUCUUGUUUUAUUUCUGAACCGUAUGUCGGUUCUACUGUUGUUUGUUUGGAGUCUGAACCGUGUGUCAGUUCAGCUCCUAUUUGCUUUGAUUCUGAAUCGUUGGUCGAUUCGGAUAUUGUUCCUUUUGAUUCUGAACCGUUGGUCGGUUCUUCUUUUAUUUCUUGUUCUGAUUCUAAACCGUUGGUCGGUUCUGAUGAUGAUAUUGUCUUACCUUCUUUUGAUUUUUUGGUGGAUUCAAUUACUGAACCUUCUCCACUUAUUGUUAAACCAAUUGUUACACCAAAAUCCCGUUUUUCUCCAUUCUUUUACUUAUCUUUUGUUACCAUCAUGUUGUUUUCCUUGAUUUUAAUUGUCGUCUGGCAUCCUUCUUCAAUCUUGGAUUUAAGUCAUUCAGUACAUCACGUUUUUGUUGCUGAAUCUACUACUUCUGCUGAGGCCAACUUAGUUGUUGGGUCUGAUUCUUUUGACUUUAUCCAUGAUACCGGUGCUACCAGUCACAUUUGCAAUAACAUCUCAUAUUUUUCUUCUCUUCGUCCCACUUCGGCUACCAUUCGUGGUCUUGGUUCUGCUACUGCUGAGGGGGUUGGCGACAUUGUCGUUGAUCUUCUUGGUAAAGAUGACCAGCCUUGUGACCGCGUUGUUCUUCGAGAUGUUUUAUAUGUUCCUAAGAUUCCUCGCAAUUUAUUUGCUGCUCGUCGAGCUACUGCUGGUGGUUGUAGGUUCAUUCAAGACCUUAACCAUAUUUCUGCUGUUGAAAAUGGCAAAACUCGAGUCCACGCCAUUGCCAUGGGUGACUUGUACUUUUGUCGUUUCCGAGUUGUUUUGCCUUCCAAGCCAGUCCAUGAGGUGUUUGCUGUUGAGUCGUCUGCCAAUCUUUGGCACAAGCGACUUGGUCACGCCAGUGUGGACGUUCUCAAGAAAUUAUCUAAGUCACUUUCUGUCAAGCCUACUCAUUUUGAGGUUGUGGAUAGUCAUAAGUGUGACGCUUGCUUGGGUGGCAAAGCCACAGCAUUGCCAUUUAAUGGUACCACAGAAAAAGCUAGUCGUCCUUUGGAAUUAUUUGUUUCUGAUUUGAGCGGUCCUCAUGUCGCUACCCCUGUGGGUCAUCGUUAUGUCUUAACCAUUAUGGAUUAUUAUUCCAGGUACUCUUAUGUGGAGUUGUUGGUUAGGAAAAGUGAUGCAAGUCUUGCCAUUCGUAACUUUAUUGCUAGGUGUGAAUCUUAUUUUUCUGGUGAUUCUGCUGGUGAUCGAGUUGCAUAUUUUCAUUCUGAUAAUGGCGGCGAAUACAUUUCCAAAGACCUGGAGCAGUUCUUUGUGUCUAAGGGUAUCAAGCAUACUUAUACAGUUCCUCAUACUCCUCAACAAAAUGGUGUUGCUGAGCGAUUGAAUCGCACAUUAUUUGAGAAAGCCAAGUCUAUGCUUUUAUAUGCUCAUGCUCCUGAAUACUUAUGGGGUGAAGCUGUCAAGUCUGCUAAUUAUAUUAGGAACCGUCUUCCUAGUCGUACCACUGGUGGUGUUGCACCUCUUCAACUUUGGACUGGUAAACCUCCUAGUUAUCACCAUAUGAAAGUAUUUGGUUGUCAAGCUACAGUUGUUCUUCCUGGUGCUAAAAGAGAAUCUAAGUUAACUUAUCGAGUUCUUCUUGAUUCAAGCAUUGUUGAAGCCAGGAGUGUUUACUUUGAUGAGUCCAAGUUUCCAUUUAUGAAAAGUGAUAAGGACUUGUCUAUUAAUGGUACUGGUGUUGGGUUUAGUGUUGGUUCUGGUUCAGGGUCCAUGUCAGGACCUUGUUUUGAUUCUAAGGGGACUGGUUUAGGAUCUAAUGUUAGGGUUAAUUCUAUUGCUAGUUCUGAUUUAAGUUCUGGUUCUAGUUUUGGGUCUCAUAGAUCUUUACCAGCAUCCUCAUCUGGUUCUGGUUCUGGUUCUGGUUCUGGUUCUGGUUCUAUUUGUGCUUUACCGUCUCCGUCUCCGUCUUCUUCUCCGUCUCAUUCUCCGUCGCCGCCUCCUUCUUCUUCUUCUUCUAUUAUUGUUCAUAAGCCUCGUUCUGUUCGUCGCAUUUUGUCUACACCUUCUGCUCCUCUUGAGUCUCCUACUCUUCCUUCUAUUGCUUCAGUUCCAUCUCUUCCUAGUUCUCCUAUUCUUCCACCUUCAGAUCAUGAUGUCUCUAUCUCUCCUGACUCUAGUCCUAUUAUUUCUUCUUCGGAAUAUAUUCCUUCACAAUUAGACUUAUCUGAAACUGGUCCAUCUAUUAAUGAAUCUGAUAUUUCAGGUGAUUCUGGGAUCUCGCAACGAGGGGGUGAUAUUGGGUUUCAACCGUCUAUCAUUGCUUCGUCUCCCACUCCACCACCUUCUGUUGAAUUGGAAGUAGUGCCACUUAGUCAAGAAUCUCCUUCGUCUGAUCUUGUUAAUUCUCUUGACCAAGCUGGUGUUAGUGUUGUCACUAAGGAUGAUACUCAAGCUGUUUUGCCUAAAUCUCGAUCUCGUGUUGUUGCUGUUCGUUUACCUUCUAUAACUCCUGCCAAACGCCCGAGUUCUGAUGACAUUGUUUCACCUCCUUCUAAACACCUUUGUGAAAAUUCUUUGAAACAAUCUCCAGUGUCUGCAACACCUGCAAAACGUCCAGCUGAAGAAGAGUGUAUUUCUUAUCGUCGUCUCAAAUCUCUCCGCUUUGAUGAAGAAGCUGAGUUUUGGCUUGAAGCCUGUGUUAUUGAAAUGUCGUCUCUUAAACGCAAUGGUACUUGGGAAUUGGUUGAUCUCCCACCUGGUCACAAGGCUAUCAAUAGCAAAUGGGUGUUUAAAGUUAAGCGCAAAGCUGACGGUUCAAUUGAACGUUACAAAGCUCGUCUCGUGUGUAUUGGAUUUUCGCAAGUUGAAGGUAUUGAUUAUACUGAAACUUUUGCUCCUGUUGUUCGUUACGAGACUGUGAGGAUUGUUCUUGCUAUUGCUGCUCAGUUUGGGUUCCAGGUUCAUCAUAUGGAUGUCGAGACUGCAUUUCUUAAUGGUGAUCUCAAAGAAGAUAUUUAUAUGAGACAACCUAAAGGCUUUGUUGUCAAAGGUCAGGAAUCUAAAGUGUGUCAUUUGAAGAAGUCUUUGUAUGGUUUAAAGCAAGCUCCUUUGUGUUGGAAUGAGAAGAUUCAUGGUGCUCUUGUCAAACUUGGGUUUAUUCGUAAUGAAAGUGACUACGGCGUGUAUACCAAAGGAUCUGGGUCUACCAUGGUCAUUAUUGCACUGUAUGUUGAUGAUUUACUUAUUUCUGGCAAUUCUUCUGAAGUCAUUGCCAAAACCAAGUCUUCUUUGUCAUCUAUGUUUAAGAUGAAAGACUUGGGCCCAGUCGAGCAGUUCCUUGGCAUGAGAGUUAAGCAGUCACCUUACCAUAUUACUGUGGAUGUUUCGCGUUAUAUUUUUGAUAUGUUGGAAGAGUUUGGUAUGCAGAACUGUUCAAGUGUCAAGACUCCUUUACCCACUCGUGAUCUUUCUGAUUUUUCCGAGUCUGACUCUGCUACCGAUGCCUCCAUGUAUCGCAGUAUUAUUGGUAAGCUGAUUUAUGCUGCUAAUUGUGCUCGUCCUGAUCUUGCUGUUGCUGUUAGCUUUCUUUGUCGAUAUAUGCAGAGUCCUAAGUCUAUUCAUAUGGAAGCUGCUAAGCAUACUCUUCGUUAUCUUAAGGGUACUGCUGAACUUGGUCUUGAAUAUCGAGCUCAGAAAGUCUACAAGCUUGUUGGUUAUAGUGAUGCCGACUAUGCACAGGACAAGCAGGACCGUAAGUCAUUUACUGGGUAUGUUUUCAUUCUGUCUGGUGGUCCCAUUACUUGGGCUUGUCGAAAGCAAGUUAGUCCUGCAUCGUCCAGCGUCGAGUCUGAGUACAUGUCAUUGUCUGAUGCGUCUAAGGAAUGCUUCUGGAUUAAUCAGUUGUUGUCCCUUUGCAAGAUUCCUGUUCCGUUGCCAGUGACUAUGUUUGAGGACAAUCAGGGAUGUAUUGCUUUGGCUCAGAACCCAGUGUUUCAUCGUCGCACCAAGCAUAUUGAUGUUCGGUAUCAUGUUGUGCGUCACUAUAUUCGCAGUGGAGUGAUUCAUCUGGAGUAUCUUGAUACUCAAGUGAUGUUGGCAGAUAUGUUUACUAAGAAUCUUGGUCGUGUGAAGUUUGAGACAUUGAGGGACUACUUGGUAUGA